AUGACUGUCAAUACAGUGCCAGUGGUCGACAUCAGCGCUCUCAUGUCGUUUGCAACUGAUGUAGAAGUAGACGCAGCAUUGGGUGACCACGAUAAUGAAAUCGUACGUCAGAUGGUUGAGGAAUUCCAUGCCGCGGCUACGGAGUGGGGCUUUUUCUACAUUACGAACCAUGGACUACCAGACCAAGAGAUUGAUAGAUUUUGGACUGCGAUGCAGUCGUUUUUUCGUCUACCAAGAGACAUGAAACACUCGAUACGUCGUCAUGUUACGAACUCGAGAGGGUACUUUGAUGACGAAUUGACCAAGAACAAAAUGGAUUGGAAAGAGUGUUUUGAUUUUGCAGGGAUCAAGGAAGAGGGUCCAGUGGAUGACAAACAUGAACGGUUAGGAGAUGAUGAAAACCUGUGGCUUGAUGAGAAGGAGUUGCCUGGAUUUCGUCAAGAAAUGAUCCAGUAUUACAACAAGAUGGAGUUUCUCUCUCGUCGACUAUUGAAAGUGUUUGCCGUUGCAUUGGGUGAAACGCCAGCGUUCUUUGAUCAGUUCUUCCAUGGUGACAACUCGAGUUUCUUGCGUCUGAACCAUUACCCACUAGCACCCGAGUCGGACAAGAUUAUGGGUGUGUAUCAACACACGGAUGCUGGUGCGUUGACUGUACUGCUGCAGGAUGACAAUGUGGCAUCAUUGCAGGUGUUUCAUCGCGACUUGCAGACGUGGAUGCUUGUUCCACCACGUAUAGGGACGUUCACGAUUAACAUUGGGGAUAUGUUGCAGGUGUGGUCCAACGACAAGUUUGUUGCUCCGCUGCACCGCGUGCUUGCGAAGAAAGAUGCAGAUCGACUAUCCGCGCCGUUUUUCUACAAUCCUUCGUAUAAAGCUGAGGUGAAACCUAUUGUGGCAAAGGAAGGUGAGAAACCCAGCUACCGUCCACUGAGUUGGCGUGAGUUCCGUCUAGCGCGCUUUCAGGGAGACUAUGCUGAUAAAGGCAAGGAGAUUCAGAUUGAUGACUUUAAGAUUCAUGGUCCCAAUCUCUAG